AUGCCGCGCGUCCAAUUCGUCGGACAAAUUAGUUUAUCGUAUGGUAAUACUCUACCAGAAUUAUGUUCCAAAUUGAAAAAUUUUGGUAUCGGCCGAAUGUUUCUGCGUACUGCUCAAGAUCAAAAUCGAGAAGUUUCAUAUGUUGUGUUAACACGAAGUAAACCUGUUAUAACCCAAACACCACCAAAAGUGAUUAUCGGUAAACUUGAUGAAAUAGCUGCAUUGACACGAAAACCAAUUGACACUAAGAGUGAAUUUUAUGGUCGUAUUAUUGAUCGUGGUGUUUUGUUGAACGGUGGCCGAGAAAUGAAGAUUCCGAGUGCUGUGAAUCCUGAUUGGCGCUUGAUUCGACGAGAGGAUGAGGACUAUUAUCGAAAGAAUACGCUGAAAACACAAGAUGCUAAAGAUACUAGUCGCGACACAACGGCAAAUCGUUCACUGCAAGAACAUAUUCCUGAUAUUAUGAAAUUCUGGGGAAGAACAAACUGA